UGAACGAUGAUGCAAUAACAAAUAUUUUGUAUGUAAUUUAAAAUAAUGUUUUGUGCUAACUAAACUUGCUAUCAACCUGGAAAAUUUUACACAUACAUUUGAAUAAUAACCUCACCAAAAAUGGAUCUGAUUUUAAAGGAAGUAGUGAAAAUGUACAUGUGUUCCAUUCGGUCUCAUGCUGGUCACAUGCCGCUUUGAACUCAUCUGAUGAACAUGAUGUAGUGUCAACUGCAACAAACAAAAUGUGAAAAUCAAAUAACUUUCCAGUGUCCGUCACAUGUUUCACUUUUAACCACAUGCAUCUUUCAUUUCCGUGUAAUAAAGUCAAAGCUGACCAAAGAGGGAGAUGUAGGAUAAAAAAUAAAUUUUCCUUUCUCUUUCAGAUAUAUUUAAUUCCUAUUUCCAAGAAAUUAAAAUGUAAACACACACAUGCAAAUGCAUAUUCACACUCAGUUGCCUUUUUUUUUUACAGUUUAUCACACUACAAGUACAAAUUUUAGUCUAUCUGUAUUUUAUAUAACGGACCAUUACACAGCAAAGUAGGACAUGAUUGUAAUUUUCUUUUUUUUUUGCUAAUAAAAUCUGAAAAGUGUGGCAGUCCCUUGCACAAUAUGAUGCAGAAGACAACCCUUUAAUGUAAUUAUACCCAUAAAUCGUUUUUGAGACGGAGGUUUUUCUUUGUAUGACAGCUCAAGUUCAGAAAGAUUGGACAGGGUCUUUAAAAAGCGAUGUUAAAGUUUUGAUUCUUAAUUUGGUUUAAGUUUAGACAAGUUAGGGACCAUGCCAUUUUCAUUUUUGGAUUGAUUAAACAACCCUCUGUGUUGUAUAUUGAUUUAUGGGAAUAAACCACACUUUGAACUUCUCCACAACUUGCUGUUUCUCAAAGCAAAUGGUCACAUUGAAUUUUAUUAAAGGACAUUAGAUUAAAGACAGCUUUAUAGAUCUGCAACAACAAUUUUAAUAUGUAUUUUAAAAAAAGUACACUUCUCAGUUUUCCCUUAGUUUGUGUGGGUUUAUGGCACCAUGAAGUGGACCGAGGAUUGUGGUUGCAAUGUAACAAAAUAAGAAAAAGCGUUGGAUGGAAUAUAGUGGGAAGGCACUGAAGUCACAAACAUAAGCAUAUAUUAUGCCUGUAGAAAUAACUGAGAGCACAGUAAUAAAUGAUAAAUUAUUGAAUCAGAACCAGAAGUCAUGAUCCCUUGACCCCAAGUUACCCAAUACUGUUUAGUAAGUAGAUGCAGUGACGCCUGGACAGAUGUGUCGGAGCAUGUCGGAUUAGUCUCAGACUUUGUUCACAUGAAAAUUUCUGGCUCACAGCCUGGUGUUGUUUUAAAAGUGUCAAGCACAAGGAAUUCAAAGUUUGAUGAAUUCAUUGAUGAUAAGUCUGUUAAUCUUCUUGCAAAAUCAUGCUUGUAAGGACACAAAAAUGUCAACGGUUCAUAACGAUCAAAAUGAUUUCCUUCUCCAUAUUCUGUUAAUACAGCCACUGCAGGUGCGCCGUAGAAGACGUGUUUAUACAGUCUGAAGAUUUAUGUGAUAUUGUAGUGGGAGUAAUAGAUACGGCAGCAGGCCAGCAGAUAUUCAGAUUGUUAUCAUUCAGCCCCAUUAAUCCACAUGCUAUAAAUAUAAUUCUUUUUCUUACCUACCGUCUACCAAACAACUAUGAAUUGUACUCUAAUACACACAGUUUGUCAGUGCACAGGUACAACAUGCCUAAGGUUUAAAACAAUGAACAUAUGAAAAAAAGCAAUCAUGCCUUACUCAGUUAUUACAGUCUGUGUUUUUCCUUAUGACAGGUCUGAAUGAGAGACAGUGAAGCGAAGCAGCGUAAAUUCCCACUUCGUGAUUCCUGUCUUGCACAACACACGCUGACAUGGGGAAGUGAGUCACUUCCACGGCCAAUAAAAGCCGGGACUUCUCUCCGGCAGAUUCAAACAGCAGCUGGAGAAAGCAGCAAAGCCUGGAAGAGCAGAGGAAAAGAGCAACCGAGAGAAAGAAAUCUGUUGCAGAAUAGAAGAAAUCUUUUUGCUGUCAAAGAAUAUUUAUUAGAAAGUUCUUAUCUAUUCUCACAAGUGAAUUAGCUACAGACUUUUUUGAAGCCAAAAUGAAGAAAAUCAGCAUUAUUACCCUCUCUGUCUUAAUCUUCUUGUCCUUCCUCGCCACCAGCAAAGGAAUGAGUCUGAGAAGCUUAGGAGUGGAGCUGCACUGUCGCUGCAUCCAGACUGAGAGCAGACCCAUAGGGCGCCACAUAGAGAAAGUGGAGCUGAUUCCUGCCAACUCUCACUGCGAGGAGACCGAGAUCAUUGCCACUCUAAAAAAAGAUGGCCAAGAAGUUUGCCUGGACCCUGAGGCUCCAUGGGUCAAGAAAGUAAUUCAGAGGAUCAUGGCAAACAAGAAACGAUGAGGAGAAAUGAAUAAAGGCAACGACUUCAAAGAAUCAAAAGACUUGACUUGGUCUGACGAUGGGCCACUAAACUUUGAUUCGCCUGAUGCUGAAUCAAAGUUCAGCAUCUUUGUUCUCAAAUUGUUUGCAUCAAUGCUGCACAGUGUCACAGUUGGUAGAGCUGUUGCCCUGUAGCAAGAAGGUUCUGGGUUUGAUACCCAGCCCGGGGUUUGUGUGCAUGUUCUCCCUGUGCAUGUGUGGGUUUUCUCCGGGUUCUCCGGGUUCCUCCCACACAUAGGUGUGAGUGUGUGUGUGCAUGGUUGUUAGUCCUGUGUGUCUCUAUGUUGCCUUGCGACAGACUGGUGACCUGUCCAGGGUGACCCUGCCUCUCGCCUGGAACAUUAGUUGGAAAGAGACACCAGCAACCCUCCUGACCCCACAAAGGGACAAGCGUGUACAAAUGGAUGUUUGCAUCAAAUGCAAUGUUUAUUAACUUACCACCCCCUCUUUGUAUGCUUCAUACUAUAAGUAUAAAGAAACUGUUUGUAAAAUUGCACUAUUGUUUCUAUUUCUAUUUAUUUAUCUAUGUAUUUAUAAAAUUUAAAUGUUAUUUCUAAUUUUAAAU